AUGUGUGACCAACAGCAGAUUCAGUAUUGCCUUCCCCAGUGCUGUGUCAAGGGGUCCUUCUGCCCCUCCCAGACUCCUUGUGCCCAGGGCCAGGUGAUGCAGAUCGUGGAGUGCCCUGCACCAUGCCCAGUUCAAGUUUCCCAGCUGACUAGCCAGGCUCCGUGCCAGUCCCAGACCACAGAGGUGACAUGCCAGGCUCCGUGCCAAUCUAAGACCACCAAGGUGAAGGGCCAAGCUGCAAGCAAAUCUAAGACCACGAAGGUGAAGUGCCAGGCUCCAUGCCAAUCUAACACCUCCCAGGUGACAUCCCAGGUUCCAUGCCAGUCUCAAACGUCCUGUGUUCAAUGCCAGGUUCCGUGCCAGUCUGUUACCUACGUGCCAUGUGAAGCCCCAGGCCCAGUUCAGACUUGCUACGUAGAAUGUGCUCCAGUUCGUUAUACAGAAACUUGUUAUGUGGAAUGCCCAGUCCAGACCUACAUAUCCUAUCCAGCUCCUCAGCCUGUCCAGACCUACGUAGAAUGCCCUCCAGUGUGCCAGGCUCAGGGAAGAUUCUCCACCCAGAGCCAGUAUCAGGGCUCCUACAGCAGCUGCGCCCCCCAGUUCCAGUCGCGAACUUCUUACAGCAACUGUGAACCCCAGUUCCAGUAUCGGGGAGCUUCUUACAGCAGCUGUGCACCUCAGCGUCAGUCCCGAGCUUCCUAUCGCACUUGCGCACCCCAAUGCGAGACGCAGGGCUCUUAUGGGAGCUUCACCGCACAGCGUCGGUCUCAGAGCACCAGCAGGUGCCUCCCUCCCCGUCGACUGCAGCCCUCUUACCACAGCUGUUCCCCACCAAGAUGCUCUGAGCCUUGCUACAGCAGCUGCUUGCCUUCAAGAAGCUCUUCGGGUUCCUAUAACUACUGCACCCCGCCCCGCCGCUCUGAGCCCAUCUAUGGUAGCAGCUGUUCUCGGGGCCCCACUUCAAGCUGCUCUCAGAGAAGCAGACCCAAGUGCCGCAUAGAGAUUUCCUCUCCCUGCUGCCCCAGGCAGGUUCCUCCAAUGAAGGGUCCAGUUCAGAUUCCUCCCAUCAGACGCUGGCCCCAGAGCUGUGCCCCACAACCGUCCUGGGGUGCCUCCUGCCCGGAGCCGAGACCACGCCUGGAGCCACGUCCUCGGUGUGUUGAUCAAUGUCCAGAGCCAUUACCGCGGCGGUACCCACUUCCUGCUCCACGUCCAUAUCCACGGUGCGCAAGUCCUGAGCCCCGCCCAUGUCCUCUACCACGGCGACUUUCAGAGCCUUGUUUGUAUCCUGCUCCACGUCCAGCUCCACGCCCAAUUCCACGCCCAGCUCCACGUCCUCGUCCAAUGCAGUGUGAAAUUCCAGAGCCAUGCUCAUUCCCACAGCCCUGUGAAUACCCACAGCCUCGUCCACUUCCGGAGCCAAUUCCCCUUCCAGCCCCCUGUCCAAGCCCAGAGCCUUGUGGGGAGCCUCUGCGCUGUCCCAGCCCGUGCUUGGGCCCAAAUCCAAUCCCAUGGCCGCAAGACCUAGGCUGUCAUGAAUCUAGUCCAUGCCGCCUAGACACCGAGGCUCCUGGCUGUGGGCCAUCUAAUUGCAACCAGGGGCAAGAGAGUGGUGCUGGCUGCGGAUCUGGUGAUGUGUUUCCAGAGCCUCGGGGUCACGGUGGUUGUGGAGACCAAGGAAACGCUGGAGUAAAGGGUGGAGCUGGAGUCAAAGGUGGGGCGUGUGUUAAGAGUGCCUAUUUUUAA